AUGGAUGAUAAGUUUAAUGUUACUUACAUUACGUUUAAUGGGUAUGUGGAAGUUCAAAAUUACAGAUAUCUUUAUUUCUUUAUCAUGAUAACAGUAUAUUUUCUAAUAAUCUUUUAUAAUUCUACUAUAGUGUACCUCAUCUGGAAACAUAAGAAUCUGCAUGAGCCCAUGUACAUUUUUAUUGCAGCUUUGCUGAUCAACUCUGUUAUUCUCAGCAGCGCUGUGUAUCCAAAAUACUUGAUUGACUUUUUAUCAGACAGACAGAUCAUAUCUUAUUCAGCCUGUCUCUUUCAAUUUUUUACAUUUUACGCCAUAGGCAGUUCAGAGUUUUUACUGUUGUCAGUCAUGGCUUAUGAUAGAUAUGUGUCUAUUUGCAAUCCUCUGCAAUAUCCCUCGAUAAUGAGGAAAAACACGGUGUGUAUUUUCUUGCUUUUAGCUUGGCUUGUGCCAGCUUGUCACAUUGCUAUCCCAGCCAUACUGAGUGCUAAAAGUAAAUUGUGCAGCUUUACCUUAAAAGCCAUAUUUUGUAACAACACGAUUUACAGACUUCAAUGUGUCAGUUCAAGAGUAAUUACAAUAUAUGGCGUGGUUACUUUAGUCGACCUUGCAGUUCUCCCUUUGCUCUUCAUAAUAUUUACCUACGCCAAGAUACUUUUUAUAACCUAUCGAAGUUGUAAAGAAGUGAAGAAGAAAGCUGCAGAAACCUGUUUACCCCAUCUGUUAGUUUUAAUUAGUUACUCCUGUCUGUGUGCGUAUGAUAUCAGUAUAGCACGAGUGGAGUCUAAUUUUCCAAAAACUGCACGCUUCAUCAUGAUGUUACAAACAGUUUUUUAUAAUCCUUUGUUAAACCCUCUCAUAUACGGGCUCAAAAUGAAAGAGAUUUCCAAACACCUCAAGAAGUUGUUUCUUCCAGCCAAAACACCUCUUUUUAUGAAUACUGAUCACUAA